AGGGCGCGCGGAGGGAGGCGGGGCGGGAAGGCUGGAGGUGUCCGAUCCUCCAGAGCCGCGGGAGACCGGAGCCAGCUGUGUGACAGCUCGUCGGCCGCCAUGUCAGCAAGCGGGGCUGGAAACAGACCCGGCGCCCGGCGGUAGCCCUUGCGUUGCCUCGGAUGCCCAGGCAUGGAAGGACUUUGAUGAAACUUUAAACAGUUCCACAGAAGAUGCGCUAAUGGAUGACAGCAACCCUCCUACAUACAGUCUUCAGAUAGAACCACAAGAUGGAUGUCACCCGGGUGACGGCGUGGAAAGGAGAGUAACACCCUUGCCUUCUGUCUCAGAUGAGAAUGAAAAUCAGCUUGACGGGGACGGGCCUGCGGGUCUGACGGGCGGUGACGGUGCAAUGGGGAGAGCCACAGUGUCUGAACAGGACAGUCUCAACAAUAAUGAAAGCUGCCUGUCCGGCUGCGAGGUAGCCCCCGGUGACACGGCAGAACACAUGCCAUGUGACGGUCCCAAAGAUGACCAGCCUUCCCUGGGCCAGGACAAAAAACUCCCUGGAAAUAAAAGUCCAAGAGCCAAAAGAGGCACUCCUAAGAACGUACCUCCAGGAGAUGCCAGACCUUUAGUGCAGACACUGACUGCAGAGUUGCAGGCUGUUGGGGAAGAGGCUGCCGGAGUGAAUGCAAAUGACCCCCCAAAAGCUCCAGCACCAGCAUUGCAGCCGCUGUUCUCGCUGCUCCGAGGGGAGGUGGAGCAGAUGGACUCAAGAGCACUCCCCCUCUUCUUCCAUCAGGUAGCUGAGACCUAUUUUCAGGAAGAGGACUAUGAGAGAGCAAUGAAAUUCAUUCAGCUUGAACGAUUGUAUCAUGAGCAACUGCUCGCAAAUCUUUCUGCCAUUCAGGAACAGUGGGAAACAAAAUGGAAAGCUGUCCAGCCACAUACAGUGACGCCUCUGAGGAAUUCAGAAAAGGGAUUUAAUGGUGAAGAUUUUGAACAGCUUGCUAAAAUUUGCACAACUCAUAAAGACCCUCUCUCGUCCAAGCAUAAGAUAGCACCUGUGGAAAAGUCACUGGGAAGAAAAUGCUUAACCCGGGUGACAGAGUCUGAAGAGCCAAAGGGAAGAGGAGCGUCAGCCAAAGAGGCAGAGAUUGAAAUCUGCCCUGGCAUGGAACCGAGUGGAGGCCAGCGUGAAGAGCAGCCCCAAGAGAGCAGCCCCGUCUCUCAUCAAAUGGACUGGCAGGCAGCUUCCCCCGGCCUUCCGGUGACUGCAGGGAAGGACCACACGGAGGAGGAGGAGGAGGAGGAGGAGGAGGAGGAGGAGGAGGAGGAGGAGGAGGAGGAGGAGGAGCUCUGCGGCUCCCGUGCUGCACUGGAGCUCCACACCCAGUCCUCAGAGACCGCCAGGAGCAGGUCAGGGCCAGCUGCUGCCGAGAGUGUCCGUGAGGAUGACAGCUGUGUGCAGGCACCUCCCUCAGAGGACCGCCCCGAUGUGGCUGAAGACCCUAAGGUGCCUCCUCCUAGGGAGUCAGUGACAGAGCUGCAGCUCUUCCUGGGCCAUGGCAGUAUACCUCCUUUGUUGACUUCAGAGGGUAAAUAUUCCCAGACACACCGAAGAGAACUCUGCCUGCCAGUUCAGGGUGUAUUUGAAGCGCUGCCCAGGGAUCAGCUUCAGAGCGGUGAAUUAGGUGAAUCACAGCAGCCUGAUGGGAAAUCAGCACAGAGUCAGACUGACUUGGAGCCUGGCUCUGAGAAUGCACUCUGUGGUGACGGUAAAGCGUCUGACGUAAGUACACUGUGUCCAGAAGUGUGUAUGGCCCCAGAAGAAGGGCGGGAUAAGGAAGACCAAGUCAGUAAGGAAACCGAAGACUAUCUGAACAGCCUGUUGGAAGGAUGCUUAAAAGAUGCUGAAGAGUCCCUCUCCUAUGAAGAUAUCCAGGACGACGACUCUGACCUCCUCCAAGACCUUUCUCCUGAAGAGGCGUCCUACAGUCUCCAGGAGAACCUGCCUCCUGAUGAGAGCUCACUCUCCCUUGAUGAUCUGGCCAAGAAGAUAGAGAUUGCAGAGGCUGUUCCUGCAGAAGGGCUGGUGUCCAUACUAAAGAAGCGGAAUGACACAAUGGGAGACCAUGCUGCCCAAAUGCAGCCGAAGCCAGCUAAGCGGAGAGUGCGGUUCCAGGAAAUAGAUGAUAACCUGGAUCAAGAUGAAGUCAGCAGUGGCUCCUGCAUCCUGCUCAUCUUGCUGUGCAUAGCCACGGUUUUCCUCAGCGUUGGAGGGACUGCGCUCUACUGCACUUUGGGUGACAUGGAGUCACCUGUUUGUACAGACUUUGCCGACAACAUGGACUUCUAUUACACGAAGCUGCUGCAGGGGGUGGCAGGACUCAAACACUGGGUCUACCUCUCCUAGCAGCAGGUGGGACAGGCGUGCUGACAGACAGACAAAGAUGCAAACUUCCCAGACAGCUUUUAUUUCAGGAGUCACGAAACAUUCCCCCUCCCCAGCAGCGAGGACCCCAGGACAGACAUUAGAAACAGCAACUUUAAACGCAGCCCAGAGAACUCUGUCAGAAUGACGCACAGAGGAAGGCUGAUGCUGGUGUGGGCACUGGGGACGGAGGGAAGGCGCCGUGGAGAGCACGCCUCUCCUUGCUGCUUGCCUGUGUAGUGAAGCACACUGAGCAGCGUUGUCGUGCAGGGCUGAAGGACACUCCCGGUUUACAGUCGUUGCUCCAUAGGCACUGCUUCCCGCCGCCGCCGCC